AUGGAUACAAUGCAGAUAAACUCCUUAGUUAUUCGCAAUCAGGCAUUUGCUGAAGUGACAAAUGUGUUUUCCGAUGAUUUCUUUGGUAGUAAGUAUGAUGGAAUCAUUGGUAUGUCAAGAAGAAAUGUGUCAAGAUAUGGGAACACUCCAUUCUUCCCGAAUAUACUCUCUCAGUCAAAGGAUAUGGAUCCAGUAUUUUCUUUCUAUUUGAAUCGAAAGAACGGUCAUGUCGGUGGAGAGAUGGUGAUUGGUGGUGUCAAUCCUGAAUAUUUUAUUGGAGAUUUCGAAAACUUGCCUGUCGUUUCUCAUAACCGUUGGUCUGUUAUAAUCAAAAGGUAGUCAACUGAUGCUUGCAUGACUUCAUAGGCAAACAUAUCAUUUUUUCAAGUGGACAUUAAGACCAUAGGAAGUGUGGAGUGGUUGUCACAGUUAUGUAUUCUAAUCAAACAUGAAGAUAGGUGGAGCAGAUUUUUGCCUUGGAAAAUGCAUUGGUAUUAUAGAUACUGGAACGUCUUUGAUACUGGGACAUAGCAGAGCGGUGGAUGUGAUGAAUGAUCAUCUUGGUGCCAAAUGGAGUGGUGAUGGGGGUUAUUCACUCGACUGUAAUUACAUUCACAUGCUCCCUGCAAUUGAGUUUGUCUUCAGGAGGAAGACCUAUGUACUUAGCCCGAAGGAUUACGUGCUUAAGGAGGAAAACUGGUUGUAUACAGACUGUACAUCACCUUUUGCCAGCAAUGAUAAAUUACCCUCUGGAUAUUGGGUUCUCGGCGAUGUAUUCAUGAGCAAGUUUUACACUGUAUUCGAUUUCGGU